CGAAAAUACUGUGCACCUCUCUCUUUCUCUCUCCAAGAACGAAUUCGAAUCCAUGGCGUGCUGCAUUAAAUUCUCUCUCCGGUGCCCUUCUGAUACGCGUCGUUUUGCAUCAUCAUGUCAUCCCCAUAACCCUAGUAAUCUUCGCCUAUAUAACCUCCUUCCCACAAAUCCCUCACCUAAUCCCAAAAAGGUCUCGUAUUUCAUUCCUAGGCGUCGCAGCUUUGUUGUCGUGAAGUCUCACAUGGCCACCGGAGAGAAAAAACCCAUUUCGGAGGAACGAAUGCUUGUGUAUGUACCGCCGCAUCCAUUGAUUAAGCAUUGGGUUUCGGUUUUAAGAAAUGAGCAGACCCCUUCUCCCAUUUUCAGAAAUGCUAUGGCUGAGUUGGGGAGACUACUUAUGUAUGAGGCCGCAAGGGAUUGGUUGCCUACCGUAGUGGGAGAGAUUCAGACACCAAUGGAUGUUGCAACGGUUGAGUUCAUAGACCCAAGAGAGCCUGUAGCGGUUAUUCCAAUAUUAAGAGCUGGUCUAGCUCUAGCAGAGCAUGCAUCAUCAAUUUUGCCAGCAACAAAAACAUAUCAUCUAGGGAUGAUCAGAGACGAGGAGACACUUCAACCAUCAAUAUAUCUUAACAAGCUACCGGAAAAAUUUCCUGAAGACUCUCGAGUAUUUGUAGUUGAUCCUAUGUUAGCAACAGGUGGCACAAUAGUGGCAGCUCUCAACCUGAUAAAGGAAUGUGGGGUUGAGAACAGUCAAAUUAAAGUGAUAUCUGCCGUUGCUGCCCCUCCGGCGCUUCAAAAGCUGAGCGAGACUUUUCCAGGGCUUCAAGUAUACACUGGAAUCAUCGAUCCCACCGUUAAUGACAAAGGGUUCAUUAUUCCUGGACUUGGAGAUGCAGGAGACCGCUGCUUCGGUACAUAAUUUGUUAAUUGUAAUAUUUUUCCAAUUUUGUUUUGUUGAGGCCAUCAUUAGCCAGGAAUUAGCUGAUUUUUUUUAUUAUGCUAAUGAGCAGCAUUUUAAACGAAAUUGAGAAACAAAUCGAGAGAGGGUUUUAAAUUUGUGUAGAAAGUUAUUAUUCUUGACAUAGUUUGUUAUGGACAAUUUGAUUACUGAAAGUAAUUGAAAAGUAUUCUUGUGGUA